AUGGCGUCGUUUGACUUUACCGAGCACCCGCAUCGUAGGUUUAAUCCUCUGAAAGGGGAGUGGGUCUUGUGCUCCCCGCACAGAGCGAAACGGCCUUGGCAAGGCGCCCAGGAGACGGUUGGUGGCGAAGAACGACCCCGCUACGAUCCCGAGUGCUACCUCUGCCCUGGUAACACGCGGGCUGGUGGCGCGCACCGAAACCCCCAGUAUGACGCUACGUUUGUGUUUACGAACGACUUUCCUGCGCUUCUGUUAGAUGGGCCCUCUGACAGUGCCGACGCUGAGGCCAGUCGGGCGUCGCACGCCACGCUGUUCCAAGCGCGGCCCGUGUCCGGUACCUGUCGCGUCGUGUGCUUUUCGCCUCGGCACGACUUGACGCUGGCGGAGAUGAGUCGUUCGGAGAUUCGGCGCGUUGUCGAUGCCUGGCAAGAGCAGUACGCUGAGCUAGCGACCAUGCCGCAGAUCCGGCACGUGCAGAUCUUCGAGAACAAGGGCUCUGCGAUGGGCUGCAGCAACCCGCACCCGCACGGCCAGAUAUGGGCAUCCUCGUUCAUCCCGAACGAGAUUGCCACCGAGCUGCGCCUGCAGAGUGCCUAUUACGCUGACACGGGCCGAGAACUACUCUUGGACUAUUUGAAAGCAGAGUUGCAGCGGCCUAACGAGCGCAUUGUUUGCCAGAAUCCGCAUUUUGUUGCACUCGUUCCUUUCUGGGCGGUAUGGCCGUUCGAGGUCAUGGUGCUUCCCACUGGCUCGUGCCAGUCUCUCUUGGACAUAGAUGCAUCGCAGAAGGAUGAUCUGGCAGACAUUUUGCAGCGAGUCACAGUUCGGUACGACAAUCUCUUCAAGACCAGUUUUCCGUACAGCAUGGGGCUGCACCAGGCGCCCGUGGCGAACGGUGCCGCGACCGCCGAACCAGGUCUACUCUUUCACAUCCAUUUCUAUCCACCAUUGCUCAGGAGUGCAACCGUUCGCAAGUUCAUGGUCGGUUUCGAAAUGCUCGCCGAAUCGCAGCGUGAUCUCACUGCCGAGCAGGCUGCGGAACGCCUUCGCAGCCUCCCAGAGAAACACUACCGCGCAUGA